UGGACUACAAUUUAAUUACCUGAUCCCUUCAAUGGAUUCACUAGACUCUAGUGUCAUUAUAGCUGGACAGAAGCUCUUUAUCCUACAAGGAGACAGGUCUGACUCACUCCAGUGGGAGAAAUAUGGAUUCAGAUUAGAGUGUCCUCAAGGAGCAGUGUCCAAGGAUACUGAAGUAGCUGUUACUGCACUAGCUGGUGGUAAUUUCAAGGUACCCAAAGGUACUGUGCUAGUGAGUGCAGUAUAUGCAAUAUCAGUAUCUAAGGCACUAUUAAAACCACUGGUAAUAGAGCUACAACAUUGUGUGGAUCUAAGGAAGACUAGUCAGACUGGUUGCCUCAAGUUUGUGAGAGCUCCACUGAAGUCUCCUUACCAGUUCAGUAUAGUUGAAGGAGGAUCUUUUAGAGUUGGUGAAAGAUACGGAUCAAUAAAGCGUGAGCAGUUCAGUUGUAUGGGUAUUGUAGCUGAGAUGAGUAAUGGAGACACACCUAGUGACAGUGACAGUGAGGAAGGUUAUGAGACACCACCUGAAGGAUCAACUGAUGACACACAUAAUGAUAGUGGUAAUAGAGCAGGAGAGACUAGUGAGAGAACUGCCUCACCAAUAAAUACUGGACUAUCUGAAGAAUCAGUAACUGAUGACUCUAAUCAAAAAGUACAAGAAGCUGAGUCUACUUCUGGUAUGUAUGCAUUGUAUAAUUUAUUAA